AUGGAGGGGACCAUAAACAAUGUUAAUGCAGGCUUCAGCGGCAGGUGCCGCACGAUAUUGCUCAUAAUUAAUUUUGUUUCAGGCCCACAACGAGAGGCCGCCGCUUCGGUCUGGCUGAGAGGAGAAAGUAACACGAAAGAUUAUCCACGUAGAUCUUUUCUUCGCUUCGAAGUGUGUGUAAUGUCGUCGAGCUUUCUCUUCAUCGACCAGGCUAGUGCGAGCUCCCGCUAUUCGUUCUCCUCCCGCGAUCGGUGCGGAGAUCCCGGGCCCGCGGAGGCGGCGGGGGCGCCGCUUACGCCGGCCGCGGCCCGUACAUAUUUCUGCAAUUGA